AAACCCUGAGGCACCCGUAACGUGAGCAGUCGCUUCUUCUGCUUUCUUCAAAUCUCAGCUCAAUCUGUGAACAAUGCGACCUCCGAGAGGUGGCGGUCGCGGUGGCGGUUUUAGGGGCGGCCGAGACGGCGGUUUUAGGGGUGGCCGAGAUGGCGGACGGGGUGGAUUCAGAGGCAGAGGCGGUCGCGGUGGUGGGUUUCGCGACGAAGGCCCACCGGAAGAAGUCGUAGAGGUUUCGGCGUUCCUUCAUGCAUGUGAGGGUGAUGCAGUCACAAGGCUCACGAAUGAGAAGAUACCCUUCUUCAAUGCCCCAAUAUAUCUGCAGAACAAGACCCAGAUCGGGAAAGUUGACGAGAUCUUUGGCCCCAUCAAUGAAUCUUUAUUUUCAGUAAAAAUGAUGGACGGCAUUGUUGCAACAUCAUAUUCACUGGGAGAUAAAUUCUACAUUGACCCAGCAAAGCUUUUACCCCUUUCAAGAUUUCUCUCACAGCCAAAGGGACAGCCACAUGCUGCAGCUAGAGGUGGUCGUGGUGGAUUCAGAGGUGGUGGUAGAGGUGGUGGUGGCCGUGGGGGUGGUGGCUUUCGUGGAAGGGGUGGACCAAGGGGUGGCAGAGGUGGCCCUCCAAGAGGUGGUGGCCGAGGCGGUGGCUUCAGGGGCAGAGGAAGAUUUUAGAACAUGUAAUAUUAGUAAUGUGCUUCUCUUUGUGUUGGGAACUCGAGAUUUAAAAUUUGAGUGCUGAUUCUGACAUUGGCUUUUGGAUGUUAUGAGUAUUUGUAAUCUUUCUCUAAGUGCAAUCAUAUAGAACUUAUUUAGUUGCAGAA